CGGACAGCGGCGACAGAUGGCAGCAUGACAUGUACGAGGGACCAUCAAGGGACUCUUCAGGCUUUCGCAAGUCAAGGAUUCCAACGCCUAAACUCAUCAUCGAGGGACUGCAUUACGAAGUGACCGAGGCUGAGCUCAAGCACCUCUUCGAACAGAUCGCACCGGUUCAAAAGCUCAUCGUCAAGUACGACCGCUCCGGACGACCAACAGGUACGGCCAUUGUCAUCUACGGCAAUGCGCGCGAUGCUGAAGCAGCCCGCACAGAGUACGAUGGAGCUAAUGCUAAGGGCCAGCCAAUCACCAUCUCCUUCGAAGAGAUGAGAAAUCCCGGUGGACGCAGAGCUGUUGGAUCUGGGCAGACUGCCAGUGCAGGUGCUGCUUCGCAAGACUUGAGGUCCAGGAUGGACCUCCUCUCCAGGAUGGGGGGAGAACGACAGCUGCCCCCACCCAACGCCCCGACGGGACCGUCCGGAGCUCGGGGAGCGCCAGGAGCACCGGGCGCGCCAAGACAACCUCGCGCUGCCAGUGGUAGUUUAGCAGGUGGGCAGCGUACUAGAGAGUCGGGAGUCAGAGGCGUAGGCGGACGCAACGCGGGAGGUGUACGAGAAGCGGGACGCGGAGGAGGUGCCUCUCAGCAGCAACGCGAGAAGAGGACGCCCAAGACGGCAAGCGAUCUUGAUGCCGAGCUCGACGCUUUCAUGAAAGCGCCAAAGGGGUCGGCUCAAUCUGCACAUGCGCCGGCUGAUGCUGCACAGGACGGCGAUGUCGAGAUGAAGUAGGCACGCCGCGAAGAACAAUGUUAUCUAUUUGCGGACGGCCCUCACUGCGCCAACGCAUCCCCUCG